AUGAGGUGGCUAUCCCUGGUUGCGAUCCUUGCUGGCCUGGCUCUGGCCGACGAUACGACCACUUCUCAUACCUCCACCUCCUCCACCUCUUCCGGGACCACCACCUCCUUCGAUCUCUCCGAUGCCUCCACGAUCACCGGCAGCGUCGCUCUGCCCUCGGGCACCUACGAGACCUACAGCACCACCAUCACCCUUGACGAUGGCGAUACUUCCCAACUAACCGUCACCUCGUCCAUCUCCGGGAACUCCUCGGCCAUGCACAACCAGACCACUGUCACGCACACCUCCAACUCCGUGACCGUUCUGGUCGGCGGCGGCGGUACCACGACCUUGGGCAAUAACAGCAUGAAUGCCACUGCCACUGCCUCAUCCACGUCCACCUCGACACCAGUCAUCAACACCCGGCCUUGCAAUGGCUACGUCGAGUUCUGCGGGCGCAACUACUCCAACAUCACCAUGGUUGCCGCACACAACAGCCCGUUCGAUCGUCCAGGCAAUGCUGCCUCUAACCAGAUGUUUGACGUGACGACCCAGCUGAAUAACGGCAUUCGCAUGUUGCAAUUCCAAACACACUACCAGAACGGCACCAUGCUGCUCUGCCAUACCUCCUGCGAACUUCUCAACAUGGGUACUCUCGAGGCUUACCUGACUAAGGUGGCCGCCUGGAUGCGCCAGAACCCCUUCGACGUGGUCACCAUCCUGAUGGGCAACUUCGACUUCGUCGCGCCGCAGAACUUCACCGAUCCAGUCAUGAAUUCCGGGCUUCAGGACUUUCUGUACACCCCGCCGGUGAUCCCCAUGGCGCUUCAUGACUGGCCUACGCUAUCCGAGAUGAUCCUCACCCAGAAGCGCGUCGUCUUCUUCUUGGACUAUCAGGCCAAUCAGACCGCCAUCCCGUGGUUGAUGGACGAGUUCUCGCAGAUGUGGGAGACUCCCUUCUCACCGACCAACGACAGCUUCCCCUGCACGCAGCAGCGGCCCCCGGGUCUCUCGGUCCAGGACGCCGAGAACCGCAUGUACAUGGCCAACCACAACCUCAACCUGGCCGUCGAUCUCGGCUCCAUCACCAUCCUCAUUCCCAACACCGCCGUGCUCAACCAAACCAACGGCGUCAGCGGCCCCGGCAGUCUGGGCUGGAUGGCGGAGAAUUGCACCCGCAAAUGGGACCGCCCGCCAAACUUCCUCCUGGUCGACUACUACAACUACGGCUCCCCCAAGAACGGCUCCGUCUUCGAAGUCGCCGCCGAGAUGAACAAUGUCACCUACAAUUGGAAAUGCUGCGGCUCAACCUCUGCCGCCGUGCACGGAGUGUCCGUUUCCAGCGUAUCGACUCUGCUCAUGGUUGCAGCAGGCAUUCAGUUCCUGUUGACAGCAUUCUAA